AUGCCAAUCCCGUUUACAUUUUACCUCAAAGGUAGACUUGCAUUGUGCCAGUGGUUAUCCUUUAUCACCAAGUCUGUCUUUGAGGUAAGAUGUGAACAGGUUUGGCUUUUUCUGGUGAGAUUAUGCUUUCGUGUCACCCUUAGUGAAUUGCAAUAUGAACAACGACGACAUCAACAAUUGAUUAGGCGCAAUAUAUAG